AUGGCUCCGAAGCCUCCGCAGAAUGGCGAGAAGCCAGAAGGUGAAUAUGGCAAGAUCUACUCGGUAUCAGGACCCGUCGUCGUCGCCGAGGACAUGAUCGGCGUGGCCAUGUACGAGCUGUGCAAGGUCGGCCACAACAACCUCAUUGGCGAGGUCAUCCGCAUCAGCGGCGACCGCGCCACCAUCCAGGUCUACGAGGAGACGGCCGGUGUGAAGGUCGGCGACCCCGUCCUCCGCACCGGCAAGCCGCUGUCGGUCGAGCUCGGACCCGGCAUGCUCAACAACAUCUACGACGGCAUCCAGCGCCCGCUCGAGAAGAUCGCUGAGGCCGCCAAGAGCAUCUACAUCCCGCGCGGCGUUGCCCUCCCCGCGCUAGACCGCCAAAAGAAGUGGGAUUUCACCCCAACCAAGAAAGUUGGCGACCACAUCUCGGGCGGCGACGUCUGGGGCACCGUGUACGAGAACUCCUUCAUCAAGGUUCACAAGAUCAUGUUCCCGCCCCGUGCCAGGGGUACCAUCACCAGGAUCACCGACGCCGGCAGCUUCACUGUUGUCGACAAGAUCCUCGAGGUCGAGUUUGAAGGCAAGAAGACCGAGUACGGCAUGAUGCAGACCUGGCCCGUCCGCGUGCCCCGUCCCACCACCGAGAAGCUGUCAGCCGACAGCCCCUUCAUCGUCGGCCAGCGUGUUCUCGACUCCUUGUUUCCCAGCGUCUUGGGCGGCACCGUCGCCAUCCCCGGUGCCUUUGGCUGCGGCAAGACUGUCAUCAGUCAGUCUGUGUCCAAGUUCUCCAACAGCGACGUCAUUAUUUACGUCGGCUGCGGAGAACGCGGCAAUGAAAUGGCUGAAGUCCUCAAGGAUUUCCCCGAACUGGAGAUCGAGGUCGAGGGCCGCAAGGAGCCCAUUAUGAAGCGUACCACGCUCGUCGCCAACACGUCCAACAUGCCCGUGGCUGCACGCGAGGCAUCCAUCUACACGGGCAUUACUCUGAGUGAGUACUGGAGAGACCAGGGAAUGGACGUGGCCAUGAUGGCGGACUCGUCGUCGCGCUGGGCAGAGGCGCUGCGUGAAAUCUCGGGACGUCUUGGUGAGAUGCCUGCGGACCAGGGUUUCCCCGCCUACCUGAGUGCCAAGCUCGCGUCCUUCUACGAGCGCGCCGGCCGCGUCAGUGCCCUCGGCUCCCCCGAGCGACUGGGCAGUGUUAGCAUCGUCGGUGCCGUCAGCCCACCCGGAGGCGACUUUUCGGACCCUGUCACGUCGUCCACUCUGAGUAUCGUUCAAGUAUUUUGGGAAAUACAGGGGCUGGACAAGAAGCUUGCGCAGCGCAAGCAUUUCCCCUCCAUCAACACCUCGGUGUCUUAUUCCAAGUAUACGAUGAUUCUUGACAAGUGGUAUGAGAAGGAGCACCCCGAGUUCCCGCGUCUACGUGACCGCAUCAAGCAGCUGCUCUCAGACUCGGAGGAGCUCGACCAGGUAGUGCAGCUUGUCGGCAAGUCGGCGCUCUCGGACCCAGACAAGAUUACGUUGGACAUGGCCACCCUGAUCAAGGAGGAUUUCCUGCAGCAGAAUGGGUACAGCGACUACGAUCAAUUCUGCCCUAUUUGGAAGACGGAAUGGAUGAUGCGCCUGAUGAUGGGAUUCCACGACGAGGCGCAGAAGGCCGUCGCGCAGGGCCAGAGCUGGUCCAAGGUCCGCGAUGCCACCCAGGAGCUGCAGGGCAAGCUAAAGAGCCUCAAGUUCGAGGUCCCGUCGGACGGCGAGGACGUUAUCUGCAAGAGGUACGAGGCAAUCAACAGCGAAUUGCUGGAGAAGUUUGCUGCCGUGAUGGACGAGUAA